AAAAGCCAUACAACAACUUUUACGUGCCAAGCCAAAGAAGACGAAAUUUUUCUUACUUUAAAUAUACAAAAAAAAAACAAGAGAGAAAUGAUGAUGAAGAGACAAUUGGUACUUGGAGUGAUUCUGCUUGGACUCUUGGUGAUUUUCUUGGGCACCACACAAGUCGAAGCGGCUAGGCCGUUUCGAACCAACGGUGAGAUUCAAUACGUGUUCCAGUUCCUGCAAAGAGGUACAGUGCCUCCGUCAGAUCGAAACGGAUGUACCAACAUCCCUGGACGUUCGGGUACGUGCCGCGGCUCACGUUAG